CCGGCAAAAUAGAAAACUUUCUUCACUUGUUCUGUUCUUCAGCUGCUGCUCUGAGCUCUCCCUCCAAUUCUCCGACGCCACUACACAAUAAUGGAUUCCGAUUCAGACUCAGAUUCAGAUGCUUCUCACGUCUCCGCCACUCCUCCCAGAGCUUCAAACCCGCCGUCGUCUUCAUUUACUCCCUUCACUUCAUCCUCUAAACCUAAUCGUAACUUCACCAAAGCCUCUUCACUCCCACGUACGGCCAGUUCGAAACCCCUAAAAUCCUCCUCCAGAGUUGCUAAACCACCUCCAUCACCUGAUGCGAAGCCUUCCGAGAAAGAAUCGUCUCCCGAUUGGACUCCCCUUCCGACUCUGCCGUUUCAAAUCCGACGGGCGUCUGAUCAGAGUCGCGCAAUUUCGUCCUCCGAAUCAUUGGAGAUGCUUCCAGCUGGCUUCUUCUCAAAAUCUCCUUCCUUCAUGAAAUUCCGUCGAUCCAGUCUUAAUUUUGAGACUUUCGAGGAUAAUCGGACUUUGUCGGAGCCGAUUCAGCCGAACAAUGCUGAAACUGAAAUCGCUGGUUGUUCAACUGCUGGUUGGGGGAUAAAAGAUGAAUUUAUAAGUCCCCGGAAUCCAGUGAAACCUGUUAGGAAACAUCCUAACUUGAUUGGAGCCCAAGUUUCUGUUCCGCCGAUCAAAGUGCGCAAAUGUGGAGGUGAAGGCAACUUUGUGAAACUUAACAUGAAUGGUAGGAAACGGAAAUUUGUUAAGAAAUUCACCCGGAGAAAGUAUGGCGAGCGGAAUAGUUACCGGCCCCAUCGAAAGACUAAGACGAACCUAAAAACUGAAGAUUGUGACGAGGCGGCUAGUUUCUGCGAUGAGGAUGGUUUGGUUACGGAAACAACGCAACAUCCUCAGAAGCAGGGCAAUGGAGGUGCGAAAUUUGAUCCGAUUACCAUUGAAGAGACUAUAUCCAAUGUGCGAAAUGAUCCAUCUGAGGAUAACUUGGUGCAGUUGUUGAAGUUAGCUUAUGGAUACAAUUCUUUCCAAGAUGGGCAGUUAGAGGCGAUCAAAAUGGUGCUGGCCGGGAAAUCAACGAUGGUCGUUUUGCCCACCGGUGCUGGUAAAUCAAUUUGUUAUCAAAUACCGGCAAUGAUUCUACCUGGGAUAACCGUUGUUGUUAGUCCUUUGGUGGCAUUAAUGAUAGAUCAGAUAAAACAAUUGCCACCUGUAAUUCAGGGUGGCUUCUUAUGCAGCAGUCAGAGACCUGAAGAAGUAGCUGAAACAGUGAGGCUGCUCAUCCAAGGGACGAUGAAGGUGCUCUUUGUUUCACCUGAAAGGUUUCAGAACACAGAUUUUCUGUCAAUAUUCUCUAGCAGCUUAGUGGUAUCGCUUCUUGUGGUGGAUGAAGCUCACUGCAUAUCUGAAUGGUCUCACAACUUUCGACCUUCAUAUAUGAGGCUUAGAGCAUCUUUACUUCGAGCUGAACUCAAUGUUAACUGCAUUCUUGCAAUGACUGCAACGGCAACUACUUCAACUAUGCAAGCAAUUAUGACUGCAUUAGAAAUUCCUCCAGACAAUCUCAUUCUAAGAACUACAGUAAGGACAAAUCUACAAUUGUCAGUAUCAAUGAGUACAAACAGAGUAAAAGAUCUACUGAGGCUAAUCAAGUCUUCUCCCAUAACUGAAGUUCAGAGCAUUAUUAUCUACUGCAAGUUUCAGGCAGAAACUGAUUUGGUAAGCAGAUACUUGUGUGAUAAUGGCAUCUCCGCAAAGAGUUAUCACAGUGGUCUUCUUGCUAAAGAUCGCAAACGCAUACAAGAGAAUUUUUGUUCAAACAAGAUUAGAGUGGUUGUUGCAACUGUGGCUUUUGGCAUGGGACUUGACAAGAGGGACGUUGGCGCUGUAAUCCACUAUAGCAUGCCGGAAAGCUUGGAAGAGUAUGUUCAAGAGAUAGGGCGUGCUGGCCGGGAUGGUAGAUUAUCCUACUGUCAUCUAUUUCUUGACAAUGAUACAUAUUUCAAGCUUCGAAGUCUUAUGCACAGUGAUGGAGUCGAUGAAUACAACAUAAACAAAUUCCUCAGUGAAGUAUUCUCUAAUAACAACAGUUCGUGUGAAAAAGUAUAUUCGAUAGUCAAAGAACCUGCAUCACGAAAAUUUGAUAUGAAAGAUGAGGUGAUGAUUACUAUUCUAACAUACUUGGAACUGGGGGAAACGCCAUAUUUGCGCCUACUUUCUCAGUUAAAUGUGACGUGCACUUUGAAUUUUCAUAAGACUUCACCAGCGAUGCUUGCUGACAAAGAUAUCAUUGUGGCAGAAAUUUUGAAGAAGUCUGAAACUAAGCAAGGGCAGCAUGUUUUUGACAUGCUCACGGUGGUCAAUAGUAUUGGGAUUUCAGCUACCAGUCUCUCAAAUCAUUUGCAAAAUCUCAAGUUGAAGGGAGAAGUAACAUACGAGAUGAAGGAUCUGGCCUACUGUUAUACAAUUUUGAAAAACCCUGAAGAUUUUUGUUCUCUGUCAGCGCAUCUUAGAAAAUGGUUGUCUGAGAUCCAGACUAGUAAGGUUAGGAAACUGGAUGCCAUGUUUGAUGCGGUGACUUCUGCUAUGAAUUUGUGUGGAAAGAAGACUCAAGGCUGCUGUAACUUCGAGCAGACACCAUUUUUAGAAGAAAAGAUUUGUUCUUAUUUUCAGGAGGGUGAUACUUGUGAUAUUCCAAAUAAAAUGAACCAGAGCAGCCCAUUCCUCCGAGCAGAUAUAAAAGUCUUUCUGCAGAGCAACUCACAGGCUAAAUUCACUCCUAGAGCCGUUGCAAGGAUUAUGCAUGGCAUUGGAAGCCCAGCUUAUCCUUCCACAAUUUGGUCAAGAACUCAUUUUUGGGGUAGGUAUACGCAUAUCAAUUUCCAGGCAGUAAUGGAAGCAGCGAUGAUUGAGCUCGUGAACAUUGUCGGAAAGGACACUGCAUCCUAGCUAUUUAUGAUAUUGAAAUACCUUGAAUCUGUUAUCUGGUACUUGGAACGACCUAGUAAGUGAAAUUCGUAUUUGACAUUAUUUAAUUAUUUAUGGUUAUUUACGGUUAUAGCCCUAGGAUUUAGAAAAGUGUAUAAUAUCAAUUCUCUAACCUUAGAGGUGCUAUUUGUUAUGUAAUUUUGUAUUCUCUCUCUGCUCCGUGGAUGUAGCUAAUAUACUAUUAGUGAAUCACGUAAAUCUGUGUGUCGAUUAUCUAUUCUUUUUACGUUUUCUGUAAUCUUUAAUUAUCGAUUUCGUAACUUGUGUACAAAUGAACCUGUUUCAAAACUGUUCUUGAGCAUCUAGAUCCAAAUGCUAUGGGGUUGCUGAUUCAAAAUUUCGUCAUCGGUCUACCAUUGCCAUAAUUGACCUGCAACUUGUGGUUAACAAGGUAGCAAACAAAUGAUUCAUUUCAUUUUGCUCUCCACUGAGCCUAAUUGUUAUUAAUACGACGACUUUUAGAAGGUAGAACAACGGAGUCAGUGAGUUACUGAUCAGAGACCUUUUAUAUAUCUUUGUCUAUCAACAUUUGUUGCAAUCUCUGUUCUAUCACUUAUGAAUUAAUUGGUCUUUGCAGGAGAACGAACAUAUUCAUGUACAAGAGAUGGACGUGGAGCAUGGUUGUUCUUUUGUAUAUUCAAUACGAGGGAAUAAAAGUUGGACAUAUUCACAAUUUCACAUAGUGAAGUUUUGUUUUUUUGUUUUUUUUUUGUUUUUUUUUUUUUGAAACAUUUGAGAAAAUGCAAUUAAAAAAAUGUUCUGUUAACUCCUACAGAACGAUGAGAGAAAUCAUCUUUUUAGUAUUCAAUUUUUUUUUUUAUUUAUUCUUU